AUGGUUGUUUCGAUUAGACGUAGCAUGAAGUUAUUUUUAUUGUUAUUGUUGUUGUUUGAGUUGGAAGCGCAAAAUGUUGUUAAUUUGGACAAUAUAAGGCAUAGUCGGUCUCGGACGCUCUUGUUGAGAGGACGACGUCAUGGAGAUGAUGUUCGGGAAGAUUUCACUUCUGAUGAUGUCCUCGAGGUUACUUCGGUAACAGAAAGCUUGUUUUUUGGUGGUGAUUUUGGAAAAAAUCGGACUAAUCUGUCUGUGGAAGACCCUCAGACAAGUAAAUCGAGCGCGAGGAAGGUGACUGUUGGGUCGAAUUUCAACGUUCAUGGAAACAGCAGUUGGCAGCAUGUGGAUAAGAGCAUGUUGUACAUGGGCGAGCGGGCGCUUAAUCAAUUCGAUAAUAAAAAGAAAAAUAAGACAGUGAGUGGUAAAGAGAGCCCCGGAGGGUCACCCAUAAACGUGCAUCAAGAUUUUGACGAAGAUUUGGAAAUAUCAUCGGAAAAGGCAGCCGCUGAAAGUGCUCGUAGCGGCCACGUAGACAUCGUUACUCGUUUUUUACGCAUCGUGGAAUCCCAGCAUUUGUUGGGAGAAAACUGUACGGCCGGCACGGACUUGAAUUUGGGCGAAGGAGUUGUAGAUCGUUAUGCACAAGAAAGAUUUCGUGUGGAGGCAGACGUGGCCGUAAAUAGGGCUAAUAUGUUGACUCGGCUGUGGAAAUACGCCGAUCCUGAUGUUGUUAUGUCUGAGUAUUUAUUACACGCAUCUGUUUUUUCCAUGGUUGAAUUCGAUAAUGACAUCUUUGCUGCGGGAAACUGCUAUGACCAGUAUCAGUACAAAGACUAUUGGCUAUUCUGCCCGUACGCUUAUCGGCUGCCCGAAGGGACAAUCCUUGUGAAAGAUUUGGCCGUCGAGUACAAAUAUCUCAGCAACACAUCGGAAUGGUUCUACAUCGCCCGAAAAAAUGCAGAGAACGUUAUCAAAAACUACAAUCAGUUUAGUAGAGGUUACAAUACUUACACAUACAAUGAAACUGCUCACAGUGAGCGAGUUCCCGACGAGAUUUUGUCAGUGCGUUACGAAGAUGGAAAAUGGUCAAAGCCGUACUACGACUGUGGUGGCGGAAACAUCUGGAUGCUCACUUACACUGUUCCGUUUUUUGGCUAUUCGAACAAUACCUACUACUUCAAGGGAACUAGUGGGAUUGAUAUAGAUCUGCGGCGAGUUGAUAUCGACCAAUGUCCUUUGCCGAAGGGUAGCACACAGCUCAACAUUUUCGCGGCUUCAGACAAAUGCAAAAAGCGCACUACUGAAUGUGUUCCACUAUCAGGACUGGGCUUCAGGCGCGGAAGUUACAAGUGUAUAUGCAAACGCGGCUUUUUCUUCCCGGACACCAAAGUGGAUAGGCGCUACUAUAAUGGAACCGUGAUCGAAGAGGAAUAUGAAAAACUGAUGUUGGGUGAAACCAGUCAGUACGCAAAAGCUGGAAUUUUCGAGUGUCUUUCAUGUCCUGAAGGAUGUGAAACCUGUGAGGAUGAUCGGCCAUGUGUAGUUUCUCUCAACUGGGUAAUGCGAACGGUCAUUCUCGUCCUUUCUUGUGUCAUCAUCUGCUGUUUACCCAUCGUUGUCGUCUUUACCUGGAAAUACGGGAAUGUGAAGGUGGUACGUGCCGCCAGUCCUGUUCUCUUAUGCUUUAUAACUUUGGGAGCUUUCCUCAUUUAUUGUACGAUGAUUGUGAUGUACCCUCGUCCUAAUAUGUACACGUGUAUAGCACGGGUGUGGCUUAGAGAAAUUGGCUUUUCAUUAACCUACGGAGCUUUGAUGCUGAAGACGUGGCGAAUUUCCGUCAUCUUCCGUGUUCGUUCAGCUAAGGCCGUCAAGAUUACAGACAUGAAUUUGCUAAAGCGGCUUGGUGUUAUAGUUGCUAUUUUUACUGUUUUUCUGGCUAUUCGAACCCUUGUUGCACCACCAGUCGUCAUCGUCGGUCGAACAGCUGAUGAUCUUAAGGCCUACUUAUGCCGCACUGAUUGGUGGGACCAUUCAUUCACGACACUGGAAGUGAUGUUCCUGGUUUGGGGAAUCCGACUAUGCAUCGUCGUACGAAAAGCCCCAUCCGAGUUUAAUGAAAGUCGCUUCAUUUCCAUGGCCAUUUAUAAUGAAUUCCUACUAUCUGUCUUUCUGAAUAUAUCAAUGUUGUUCCUGCAAAAACCUGCUAACCCAGACCUGCUCUACAUUAUUUUCUUCUGUCAUACGCAGCUCACCGUAACAUUACUUCUGUGCCUCAUAUUCGGAAGCAAGGCGUAUAUGGUGUUUAAGCACCAUGACCAAAGCGACGACAGCUCUGGUAUGAUGUCAAAGACGCCGACUUCAAAAUUUCUAGGGAAAGCGCGUGCAGGGAAUUCGCAAUAUACAAGUACGAAUUCGUCAGUUGGUGGUUUAGAGUAUUCAAAAUAUUCGGAUCAAGAUGUCCAGGAAGAAUUCUUGCGUUUGUACACGCAGUUGGAGUUGUUGAAAGAAAAAAAUAUGCGUAUUGGGAAUAGGCAUUUGGCAUCUAAGAUAACCGCGAUGCAGGACGCUGCGAGAAGUCAUGAUCAUGUACAAUCGGAAAAUCCAUCCAGACCCCUUGGGAAAUUAAAUAAUACACUGGAUGUAGUUCCAGAGAAAUCGGGCAACGGCAUAAGUACAGAGGACGACGCACCCGUUAAAAUUAAACGUCAAAGUGUUUCAUUCGCGUCUGAAACUGAAGCCAGUUGCGAUACUACAGUUAAAGAUAAUAAUAGUUGUAGUAGGAUUGUUGAAGAAGUGGCGCCAGGAGGUGCAGCCGCAUCUAUUGAGCUCAAGAGUAAGGAUGAAAGAAACGAAAGUCCUGGGACUGACCGAAAUGGCAGAUAUCUCAAGUCUGGUCAUGCCAGGACGCAUGCUAUUGUUAUAAAUCUUGACGAUAAAAGCCGAUUCACGGAAGAAGUGACGGUGUAAAAUUAUCAUGAAGUACCUGAUAAUUAAAGAAUAUUUAUUAAUUUUAAGUCACAACAGUUAAAGUAGCUAACAUGAGCCCCGUUAGCUGCUAUAACCGACUAUUUUGAAUCCGCGUUUAUCAGUUUUAUGCUUAGAUUUGGUUGUCCUAUGUGGAUGUGUUGGCCAUUCCGCUAAGCUUAACAUAUCUCUCUACAAUAACUGUUAUAAUUAUAAAAAUUUUAUACCCAAGUCUUUCCGAAGGAAAUCGUCAUUUCUAGUUAAGAUUUAUAUGUAAAUAUUAUAAAAAUGUGUAACAUUAUUAACAUCAGAUAUAUGUAUAUAGGCAUCGAUGAUUACACAGCAAUUGUAAAAAAAAUGUAUUGUAAUAUAAGAAUAAAAGUAAGCUCCUAGUUGUUGUGUA